AGUUGCAACGUCGUUCAUAAUGGCUUGCAAGAAUACCUUGAUCAAUAUGAACAUAAAGGCAGACAUAAUAUAUCGCAACCUUCCACAGAUGUGUCACACGGUGCGGUUGUGUUACGGGUACGCGGACCCCUUUAAGAAUGCUACUCUACAAGAGCUGCGAGAAGAAUUCUGGGUCUGUUUGGAGAAAUACCUCAAGUUAUUGGAGAUCCUUUUUCCGGGGGUGUUAGCCGAAGGCAGAUUCAUUGCGGAAGAUGUUGUGAAGUCUUUUGGGGCCUGCGCAAAAAAUCUGCUCCCCGCUGACCAGGACGAGAUGCUGGUAUUGGUAACAUUCCUCAAAGACUUCGUUACCGGAUGA